CCGAAGAGGCCGAACCUUUCCAGUUUCAAUUUCCUCAGACUCUGCAUAAAUACUUGGGUUUUUCCGACUAUUACAGACAUCAUCCGGCAUCAGUUACUACCUAAUCCUACCAAACUAUCUUAGCUAUCAUCGUCAUCCUUGUCCAUAAUUGUGUUUGUCUUGUCUUGGUCCCCCUUGCGCCUAUAAUCCUCCUCCUUCACAAGCAUUGCUUGGACAUUGCUGCUCAUUGAUCAGCUGAUUCUGAUAAUGGGUUCGAGUCGAACAGAUGGCUCCGGCAAGGAGCGGUUGCGUUGGACUCAAGAACUACAUGAUCAGUUCGAAAGAGCUGUGAAUCAGCUUGGUGGUCCUGAUAGGGCCACCCCUAAGGGGAUCUUGAAGGCUAUGAGCGUUUCUGGACUCACCAUCUACCAUGUCAAGAGCCACUUACAGAAAUACAGGAUCUCAAAGUUUAUCCCUGAGUCAAACCAUAAAGUUAAGUUCGAGAGGAGAGAUAUAUCAGAAUUGCUGCCAAAUUUCAGUGCAACAUCAGGUGCUCAACUUAAUGAAGCAUUAAAAAUGCAGAUGGAAGUGCAAAGACGACUGAGUGAUCAACUUGAGGUUCAAAAGAGCUUGAAGAUGAAAAUUGAAGCCCAACGGAGAUUCCUAGAGAGGAUAGUGGAGGAACAUAGAAACAGAACAGUGAACGUUCAAAAGCACAGCAAGCCUUUCUCUCCCACAUCACUGCCAUCUCUCUGCGAGGAAUCAGAAUCGAACGCAAAGGGUUUCGAAUCAGAUGAGGAGGGUGACAGAAGUGAUCAAAUACACUACUGUGAAGAUGAAUUUCAAGCUCUCAAGAGGCUUAGAACAGAAAACGAUCUGUUGCCAUCCCGAUACAAACUUGAAGAACUCAACUCGGAUCCUUAUAAUAAUAAGAAUCAAACCGUGGUUGUUGAAAGAGAAUCAACAUUUUCCCAUCCAACUCACAGCAUUAACUUGUAUCCGUGGAGCAGUAUGUCCUGUUCAUCGCCUCUAGUCCCCAGCUUUUUCUAAAGCUCAAUAUUAACUAUCUUGUAUUGAAUAAAAAAAUAAAUUAAUUAAAAACAAUAAAUAUAAUCAGAGAUUUUGGUUGUUUUCAA